AUGGAUCUUCACGAAGCUGCAUGGCAAGGCAGCAUCGUCGACAUAGAGUCCGCGGUUGAGGAAGGGUGCGACGUCAAUGCUCGUGACAAAAACGAGAAGACCCCUCUCUGGCUCACCGUACAGAGAGGCCAUUCAGAUGCAUGCAGAAUUCUGAUUGCUCGAGGAGCUCGCGUGGAAGGGCAAAGUCCUAGCAUUCUCGAACUCGCAGUCCAAGAAGGACAUACCAGGAUUGUCGAACUGCUGUGGCCACACUGCAAAGUGAAAAGACAACAUCGUUGUUUAGAGACUGCUAUCUCACUAGGCUUUCAUGAAAUCGCAGAUUUCUUCGUCGAAACUCGAGCAUUCGAAUAUCAGCAUUCCCAGGCCAGUGAUCUUGAAAUGCUCAAAAAAGACGGAUUCCCCAGGCGGGGUAUCGCAGCUUUUCAGCAAUGGGAGAGAUUUAUUUUUGUUAGACGCUCGGAGAAGCUCCAUUUGCAUCGUAUUUUUUUCGACUACGCCCUUCUUCUUGCGUCGAAGGCCGAUCGCAACGCUGGGCUUCGACUAGUGAAUUUAUUGCUUGAGGGCGACAAACCUUUGGCCGACGCGAAUUGCAUAAUCAAAAUCGACGAGGAGGUUGAGACACCCUUAACUGGUGCGGCUGAGAAAGGCAACUUGGAAAUAUUGGCUAGUUUGAUUCAGCGUCCUGAUACAAGGUUGACAAUUUGUGGCAAGUAUAGCUGGCCCGCUUUUCUCCAUCUGCUGGCAAACUCCGACUCCAUCGCCUCUGAAAAAGGCCGGGCUAUAGCACACAUGUUGUCCAAGGAAACUCUUCCCGAUUUAUUAUUGAAUGAUGUAGGCCGUCUGGAAACUGUAUUCCAAAACGUCCUUCGGCUCGGGGACGAUGUUCUUGUGAAGCAAGUGAUUAACCUUGUACUCGGCGCUGCAGGAACUUCCAUUCUGCCGCUGCUGAUCAGAGCGAAUGAGACCCAAGGUCUGAGGUGGAUCUUGAAUAGUGACAUAGCGCACGCAUCCAAGCCUCCGCCAAUUCUGUGGGUGUUGCUUUGUGACUUCUUCCAACGUAACCCCAGCUCGGAGGCUCUGAAGCUCUUUAUUCGAGUGGCAGAAUUCAUGAUAGAAAAGGCGAUAUGGGACCGAAUGAUACUGGCGUGCCUCAAUUCAUGCAACUUUUGUUUCGUCAAGCAAUUCUUCUACCCUCUCAACGAGGUCCCACCGAGGGAAGUGGCAGAAGAAACAUUGGCGGGACUUUCUCAGGCGUCUAUGGAUCAAUCCCUCGUAAUGGAAUGGGCUGAUAAAGGCUUUGCUAACGCAGCACUGUGGAGCGCCGUUCAAUCCGGGAUAAGGAAGAACCCAGCAUUUGAAAGUCUCCUCUCAUGCUCUUUUAUUGAUCUAGACGAGCCAUUUCCGCGCAGACAGAGCUCAUACACAGGAGAAGCUCAUAAAUUUUCACCUCAGUUAUGCGGCAUCUCAACUGGCGAAAAAAGGAAAUUUCAGUUUAGACCUGCAGAAGACUUUUCUAAUUUGACUGUGGCCCCCGGUACGCCGGCAAGCCAUGCCCUCCAAGACUAUCAAAUGCAACUCAUCUUGCUGGAGCAACAGAACAAGAGGCGAUUAAUGAUGGCCCGAAAGGAACAAGAAGAAACGACUGUAGGGAAAAGCCCUCUGGCCUGGGCCGCGGCAAACCGAAAAACUCAGCUUGUGGAACUUCUUCUACGCACUUCGCGCGUCAAUGUCAAUUCACAAGACGCCCAAAAACGAACUCCUCUCAUACACGCCAUUGCCGUCAAUGAUCGGCAAACUGUGGAAAGGUUAUUGAAAAUUGAAGACAUAGAUCUAAAUUUGCCGGACGUUGUCGGUAGAACAGCUGUUUUUCACGCCGCACAGAGGGGAGACUUGCAUAUCCUACAAAUGCUCACCGAGACUCAAAGGGUGGACCUUUCCAUUCGUGAUUGCAACGGCGAAAGUGUCUUUGAUUUUGCAAAAAGUAGCGGGAGACAAGAUGUUCUAGCUGUACUUGCUUCUUGA